AGCUGGCAGAAGUGUCAGGUCAGAUUCCGUUCAAUUUAACUUGAGAAAUCCAGUCCCGAUCCCCAAAAGGCAUUUCAACUCAAUAAUUUUGUUUGUUUUUGACAAGAUCCUAUAGCGGGAAGCAAAAAUCAGGUCAGGCGCUGCUGCUGCCGCUGUGCGCAAACACGCCUGGGAGUCUGCACAUAAACGCCGCGCUCUUGUACUUUUCGCUGUUGCUGUGCGCAGAGGUGAGAGGUGGCACCACAGGAGAGCGUUUGGAGACGAGGAGGUGAAGCUUCUCAUUUUUUCCUGUCCCCAGUCCCUCCGUGGAGCCAAACACCACCCCAAGGUCGCGCGGUGGAUAUAUGAUCAGCUCCUAUUUCCUCCCACCGCAAUGACUCAGAUGAGAUUACUUUAUCACUGUCAGCAGCGGCGGCGCAUCCCUGCCAGCCGGGGUUGAACCCCGGGCUCCUGCGUCAGCGCGCUGGAUCCCUCAGUACGGGGCCCGCCGUUUGUCGCCCUGUUGUGCACAAGCGCACAAGGACGGGGGGAGAGGAUGGGGAGGGGGUGCAAGACGCUCUCACCCCCUGCCACCCCCUCCCUCCCUCCCUCCUCCUCCAGAGCAUCCCUGACAAGCUGGUCGGUUAACAGCAAACACUACAUGCCCAUGUGGGCUUUGAUAGCUGUGACAGAUCACCGCCUGCACAGCAGCCCCCCGGGUUCAGGGUUUGCCCCCUCUUGUCCAGCACCAAUCUGAGAUGGGCAGAGGGAGGGGGCGGGAAGGUUAGUUUGAAGAGGGCAGAGCUUUGCGCGCGGACGCCGAAUUACCCGUUAUUUCCCGACUGAGAGGAGAAAAGAAAAGAAAGAAAGAAAGAAAGAAAAAAGAAAAAAAGAUCCCUUCCAAGUGGAUAAUAACAGUUGAGGGAGAAAUCAUUGGGACUGAACGUCAGAAGCUAAUUAACUCUCAGGAAACCGAGACGGAAGACAAAACAGCCAGAAACGCAGCAGCUGCCGGGUUUUCUUUGUAAGCAGUCAUGGCCACUCUACCCUGGAGAGGUAAAUCUCAGGACCUGGCCUUGUGGGUGCUCCUCCUGCUCCUCAACCUCCUUCCUGAAACCAGGGCUGUAGUCGGACACAGAGAGCCGCUCCCCGAUGACAGCAAAGACAACAUCACCAUUUUUACCCGAAUCCUUGACAGGCUGCUGGAUGGUUAUGACAACAGGCUACGUCCUGGGCUGGGAGAAACUGUGACAGAAGUGAGGACAAACAUCUACGUGACAAGUUUCGGGCCGGUGUCAGACACGGACAUGGAGUACACUAUUGAUGUCUUCUUCCGUCAAAGUUGGAGAGAUGAGAGGCUGAAGUUCGAUGGACCCAUGCAGGUUCUCCCUCUCAACAACCUGCUAGCCAGUAAGAUUUGGACUCCUGAUACGUUCUUCCACAAUGGAAAGAAAUCGGUGGCCCACAAUAUGACGACUCCCAACAAGCUUCUGCGAUUGGUUGAUAACGGAACUCUUCUCUAUACCAUGAGGUUGACCAUUCAUGCAGAGUGCCCCAUGCACCUGGAGGAUUUCCCAAUGGAUGCACACGCCUGUCCUCUCAAGUUUGGAAGCUACGCGUACACCAACAACGAGGUGAUCUACCUGUGGACCCAGGGGGAUGAGAGGUCUGUGGCUGUGGCAGAGGACGGCUCCAGGCUGAACCAGUAUGAUUUGCUGGGACACGUUAUUGGAAAAGAAACCAUCAGUUCCAGCACAGGAGAAUAUGUAGUGAUGACGACGUAUUUCCAUUUAAAGAGGAAAAUUGGCUAUUUUGUAAUUCAAACCUACCUUCCGUGCAUCAUGACUGUCAUACUGUCUCAGGUCUCCUUCUGGCUUAACAGAGAAUCGGUUCCAGCCCGCACUGUGUUCGGAACCGUUUCAGGCUAACAUGGCAAGGAUUAAAGAUAUGAGAAGAGAAUCUGCCACUUUGGCCAAAAAAUCAAACAACACCUUCAACAUUGUCGGGACCACUUAUGCCAUGAACGUGGCUAAAGACCAAGGCCUAACGACCAUUUCCAAGAGCGCCGGGGGAGCCACCGCCAAACACUCCUUUCUGCAUAAAAUGGAUGACCCCUACACAGAGGCCAAGAAGUCCUACAACCGUGUCAGCAAAGUGGACAAGAUUUCACGCAUCAUUUUCCCAGUGCUGUUCUUCAUCUUCAACCUGGGCUACUGGGCGACAUACGUCAACAGAAAGCCUGCCAUCAUGAAGGCCAACAACCUAAACUGAAUUUUACCAAACGCUAGGCUCGGAUUUGGAGUGUAGACAUGGUUCCAGAAGGCCAAGUCCAUCCCAUCUUAAUGUCUGUGCACACGUACUGUGUUUCUGUUUGCUCCUAAACAUCUUGAUUUGUUUGUGUAGAUGGAAGGCAAACUCCAACAAGCAUUAGAUUCAGUAGUUGACCUCGGAAGCUACAUCCUCACAUCUGCCUGACUUUGUUUGGGGGAUUUGUUUCCCCUCUUCCACACUUAGCUCUGGCCCUGUUCCCUAUAACUAGUGAGUCCUCAAAUUGUGCAUUCACUGUGUUUUGACAUGUUUGGGUUCUGCUCAUGAGAAGUUAGAACAAGCAUUCAUUUGAAGCUCUCAUUGCAGCUCAUUACCAAUGAUAAGGCGCUGGCACAUCCACCGAGUUGACAACAUGUAUGCACAAGCAGAAGAUGAUGCUACAUUAAACACAAGCCGAGCUAUUUGCUGUUGGCUUUAAAACACCCUUAUAGAUGGGUCAGGAGCAGAGGGGGUCUGUAUAGUUUUAUAAGAGCAUCAUUAAUAACUGUCUGGCCGUCUGCGCGCAUUGAACCUCAACAGUUGCUGCAGUCCCACGGGGCUGCUGUCUCGUCCACCGGCUCCUAUUGUUUUAACUCGCUGAGUGUGUUCAAUGACAGAAAAGUUAUGUGCCUUGGUAAAUACACUCAUCACAAAGGACAAGGCUUGCUUACUCUCACAUUUUACUGCACACAUACCUGCUCCGAGACCUGUGCACACUCAUCGGUAUCCACAAUGACCAGUGUUAAACUGCCUAUCAGUAUGAAGGGUUACAGACCUCUGCCUGUGAGAAGAUCAAGCUAAGAUAGUCCUUGUUAAGAAAGUUCCAGUUCAAAUUUAUUUUCUGACAUAGAGUCAACUGUUACCUCAGAGUGAAGUCCAGACUGCAGCUUGGGUUUGUAAAAUAAAUAUACUUUUCUUAUCAAAUUGCACCGAACACUUUCCAUGAAAACUUUUGCAAGCCAAUGUCCCUGAAAUCUGUGUUUCCUGCUUUUCUUUCUUCCUCCAUAAAUGUGAUGCAUUUCUUCCUUGCCAGGUUUUAAUUCAUGCUGUCCUUUUAAAUUUAUGAAGUGUAGCUGAGGGUCUUCACACAUUGGUUUUGUGUUUGGUAAAAGACCAAAAAGGGACAAUUUUAUGAAGUUGGAGAGUGGAGUCAGUGAGGUCAACGCUUAGAAAAACUAGCUUUAUUUUAAUAAUUACAUAGAGGAGCAAAAAUGACUAUAUUUUAAACCGUAUUUUCCACACUAUAGAGCGCACCCAAUUAUAACGUUCACCGCCAAUGAAUGGACUAUUUUUAACUUAGGGCACACUGAACUAAAAGGCACAUUAAUCGAGAGAUAAGGAACGUUAAGAGUCAAAGAUAAGUUUGUCAGUCUGACUAUAUUAACGGCAUUUUGCAGUAACUCUAGAACUUGUUUGUAGCACGCUACAUGAGGCGCAUUUGAAGUGUUAGCCAUGUUCGCCUUGUUAGCGUAUUAAUAAUACCUGAAACUCCCAUCCUUCUUUGCAACACGUAAAAAAACAGACCUAUGCCGCUUAAACAAACAUUCAUGUAAUUAUGCUAGUUCCCAACCUUUACACGUUAGCUGCAUUAGCAUAGGCACAAUAACGCUCAACUCAAGAAACCGACUGGUAGCCUACAGCAAAAACAAAUGUUACUGUGACUACACUAACUCCCAACCUGGUUAGUAACACAAAAAACACAACCAUAUACCACUACACAUUAGCUACAUUAGCAUAUUUACAUUACCUGUAAUUCCCAACAUUGUUUGCAGCACAUAAAAGACAGACUGAUGCUACUAAACAAAUAUUAAUGUAACUACGCUAAGUCCCAACCUUGUUAGUAGCAUGUAAAAAGAUUACAAAACAACACCGCAACACAUUAGCUGCAUUAGCAUAUUCUCAAAAACACCCAAUCUUGUUCGCAACUUAUUAAAAAAACAGGCUGUUACAGCUAAAACAAAUGUUACUAUGACUAUGCUAACUCCCAACUUUGUAACACAAAACGAAUGUAAAUGUAACUACGCUAACUCCCAACCUUGUUAGUGAUGUAAAAAAACACAUGACUAUGCUUGUUUGUGACAUGUAAAAAAACAGUAAUGCUACACAUUAGCCACAUUAGCGUAUUCACAAUAACACCACACCUUAUUUUCAAUAAAAACAGACUAACAUUUUUGUAGAGCCCUGUGUACCUCUGAAAAUCCUUGAAAUAUCAGUAAACACAGCCCCAAUUAAUCCAAAAGGUAUUUUUGGGAAUAAUUUAAGGUUUUUAAGUGCGCCUUAUAGUGCAGAAAAUACGGUUCUUGUUGCUCGGUGACAUCUGGUUAUAAACUAUUUGCACCUGAAAAUGUAAGUGAUCACCUCCACUUAUAUUUUAAAUUUGAUACACAUCUACUUUUAAUUAUGUUAUGUAUUUUUGCCAUACUUAAUAUGUAAAUAUAUGGGAUUAUACUGAGUAUAGACUCUAUAAGGGAUUCUGUACCUUAGACUCCAAAAUGCUACUGAGUUCAUCAGUGUAUAGACAACAGAAUUAGUUGUUGUGGCCUCUGUAUAGUUUUGUUAAUAACACUUAUGUACAGUGUAUCUCCUAAAGAUUUAUGCAUGACAAUGUACAUAUUCCCUUUUUGAAACCUCCAAUAAUGAUGUGUGUCAUACUGAAAUAGGGCUUAGUAUUUGUGUCACUUCAGUCGUUCAUCAGUUAUUUAGAUUUGUGCCACAGUUUCUGUGAAGUGAACCAAAUGCAGACUCACGGGUAAAACAAAAGUUCUUUUGACAGGAAGUCUGACGUGCUCUGCAACAAUGCACAGCCAAAAACUGACGCCAAGUUAAAGUGGGAUCUCAGCUAGCUGGGGCUUCUCACAACAAGCUGGAGAUACAAAUUCCAUAAUUCUCUGCAAAAAUUCGAUUUGUUCUCAAUUUCACCUGGUGUUUACUGGCAUUCCAUGCACACUUAAGCUCCUGGGAUGUCAGAUUCUUUUUUUUCAGUUAGUGUUAAAUAAACAGAGUAGUCGAGGGUGAGCCAGCUCCUCACAAUUUUUGAAAAAGAUUUGUCAUGCAGAUUAUUUCAGAGGCUUUAAAAAAUGAGGCAGAUCAAUGUGAAGGUCCUGAGACAUGCAGUAGAUGAGGAAUUUAACAAUCUGAACAAACAUUUCCAUCAAGCCCUCACCUUUUUUAAACCAUUAGAGGCAUUGACUCCAAGAAUGUAUUCCAAAAAAUAAACUUAUGUACAGUCUGGUUUGAAAAACUCACUUUAUUUUGUCGUCUCCAAUAAAGCUAAUUCUGCAGAUUACCUCUGCUCAACCAGCAAGACCCACUUUAGGCUUUUGCCACACAGAAUCCUAAUGGUUAGGUAACAAAUGAUCCCUCCAGUUCAUUGACUGUACAUGAGAACUGGACUAAGUGAAUGUGACAUCACCCGAAGAAAAAAAAGGAUUACCACCGGCUCAAACCAAAGGAAGUCAAUUCACAUGCUAGAAUUUUAUUAUUAUUAUAAUUAUUUUGCAAUACAGACAACGUCAGUAAGCAGUGAUUGGAAAUCUACCACUGGAAAGCAGGCUCAGGAAAAUAUGUCAAUCAAAUGUUUGGUCUAGUUCCCAUAUACAGUCAUUGAUCUAGUAAAGAAUUGUCUAUUAUUUCUACCCAUUUCAAAAAGUUCUUUUGCAUCCAGCUUGUUGUCAGCAGUCCCAGUGAGGAGCAAACCUUCACGUAACAGGAGACACAAGCAAGCAGCCUAUGAGUGAAAUCCUGGAUGAAUAACCCAAAUGUGGGGUAAUCAGCAACUGCAGAAAAAUACAGUUAAUGCUGAAGAAUAAGCUUUACUAAACAAAAGAGUCAAGCAAAAUCCACACUGCAGGACUUUAGUUCUUAUGGGUUACCACUAAGAAAUAACAGUAGAACACUGACAAAGGCUUGAAGGUCAUGACAAGCUUGACUGCCCCAACAAUCCUUCUCCUGGUCUCCACUGUGUCCAGUUCUCCUCUGACAAUUCCUCACAAAGUUAAAUCCAACCUCCUCUCUCUCCAAGCACAUUUUGACAGUCUCUAAAUCCCUCCAUUUGUAUUAAAUGGUUUCUUGUAAUGUUGAAAUAACGGUUUACCUGCAGCUUUCAUGACAAGAUGUUAUUUUGACAAGUCAUUGUUAGAGUAAAAAUCAAUCCUGUUUUUAUUUUGAUGACUUCCUGUCAGUUUGAUCUCUCUGCUCCUUAUCUACUUAACUUAAAUUGGAUGAACAACGGUUUUUGGAUGCAGCAAAGCUACUUUGACUGGAACAACUCCAAUGGCUAAAGCCGUCCGGCUGCCCUGAAACCAACAACUCCUGGAGGCAUCGAGGGGUUAAACCCGGUUACCUCAAAAGUGCUUGUUUCCUCGUUUAAAAACAUGCAAGUGCAACCCAUACAAGGUCAAAUUAAUUCAUAAAUGUUAUUUAUUUUAACUAUUUGAAGGGUAUUUUUGUAAAUUCUCCUGGGGAAAAUAUAUUCUAGCAAUAUUUUUUAUUAUAUAAUAGACAGGAAAAAAAGCUGCACCAAAACCUACUGAUAAACAUUCAGAAUAUUCAAAAUCUUAAAAAUGUCAAUCUUGGCUUCAAAGGAGUAUUUUCUUUUGACAAAUCAAUGUUUGAGUCAGUUUAUGCAGCCAUAUCCAACACUUCUACGUCAUUCAAAACAGGCAUUUUGUCUUGGAGACUUUCAGCUUUUUCAAUCACACCUGAUUAGUUUAUUCAAUCAAUGAAAUAUUCCAUUGAGUUGACAGCUUCUAGCCUGCAUUUAUUUAUCUCCUUGAGCUGAUGGGUCUUACAUUUCCUGUUUGGCUGCAGCUAUUGGAGGAUGUGGUGAUGCAAAUGUCUAAUGUUAAUAAAUAAAGUGAGUAAUUAGACAUAAAAACUUAAGUACCAGGUUUUGGGUUAUUUCCACUUUAACUCAGUUUUGACGCUCUUGGAUGUCAAAGGAAAGAGAAAACACUUCCAAAAUGACACAACUUGUUAAACCUGGCAGCUGAACGGAAGUAAAUAAACUGAGAAAGAAGGAAUCACAUCAUGAAAAAGAUUUAAAGUACUAACAAGCUGGUUCAGUUCGACACCAGUAGUUGUUGUGAAUUGUAUUUUUGCAGCUAUGUACAUAGUAUGGCACAAAAGAACAACCAUCUGUUCCUUUUUUUAACACUUAAAGACCCACUCCGAUCUGGAUUUGAUUCAUUUUUAAAAAGUUUGGUCGUUUAAUUGUGAUUAUUUCAAUUAGAAAUUUGAGUUGUGGGCGGGACUGUUGGUGGAGAGAAACGCCCCCCUCCCUUCCCAUCAUCCCUAACUGAGAGCUAAAUUUUCUUUAAGUCCUCAUUUAUGAUAAAAACACCACUUUAAAUGGAGUGGGUCUUUAAAGGUUUUAAUAAACAGACUGUGCUGUUGUCAUCUGAUUGUAUUAAACAUGUAAGUCUUAUUUUCACAGGGCCAGAGUUAACAAACAUGUCAUCCUAUCCAUUAAGAUACAUUCUAUGAAGAGUACAACUCUAGGAGAAUAUAUUUAUGCUAUCUAGUAAAGCAUUAUAUGUUUUAUACGAUAUAACCUCUACAGCAAUGAUGCAAAUCUGAUGCCUAGCAAAGCCGUAGACAAAUAGAUCAGCUAAACAAACUAUAACAGUAACAACUCUUACCUGCUCAGAAAGUGUUACUAAAUUGUGAAUUUGUAGAUGUUGUGAAAUCAAAUCCAAUAGUUUUAUGUGAAUAUUUGUAUGUCAUUUCCUUUUUUUUUUAAUCCAAAUAAUUCUUCUGUCCUACAUCAAGCUUUAUGGUGUAAAGAAGUACAGUAGAGAGAAGCUAUUUAUUGGAUCAGUACCUUGUGUGCACUUUCCAAACCCUAACUGUGAACUAGCAGCUGUCUGCAAGCAGAGUGGUACACACUGUGUUCUCCUUCCAGCGAAUCCACUGCAUGCCCCUUCACAGACACAUCAAAGACUUCCUCCACAAAGACAGCUCCAGGAACUUUGUGGACUUUGUGUUUUCGUUGGCCGAGUUGCUCUCAUGUGCUCAAUCACUGGACUCUGUGUGUUGCUCUCUCUCGUUCAUGUGCUUACUGUAUGAGAUGUAGCAAAUGGAAAUGGAGAUUAAAAGGACGAUGUAUUUUGUCUUGGAGUCUAAAGAAUCCCUCUUUGGCUGCACUCUAUGGAAGGCUGAAAGCAACCAAAUGCACAAAAAUAAAUACAACAUGAAAUAAAUAAUUUACUUUGA